AUGCCACUAUCAAAUCCCAUCAAUCUCGUCGAGUGGACGAAAACCAAUGCGCACCUGCUCCGACCUCCAGUCAACAAUCAUUGUAUCUACGACGGCGAUGUCACGGUCAUGAUUCUCGGAGGCCCGAACGAUAGGACCGACUAUCACGUCAACGAGACGCCCGAAUGGUUCUAUCAGUACCGCGGGUCGAUGAAUUUGAAUGUCAUUGACCCAUCCGAUGACAACAAGUUCAAGACAAUUGAGAUCCGCCAGGGCGAAAUGUUUCUCCUGCCCGGGGGCACCCCCCAUAACCCUGUCCGGUUCGCUGAUACUGCGGGGGUGGUGAUUGAGCAAAAAAGGCCCGAGGGAUCAGUGGACCGGUUGCGCUGGUAUUGUCAAGAUUGUCGACACCUGGUGCGCGAAGUCUCCUUCCAUUUGAGGGAUCUGGGAACCGAGAUCAAAAAUGCCGUUCUCGAAUUUAAGAACAGUGGCGAGGGGAGACGGUGCAAGGAGUGUGGGACGCUUUGCGCCGUCUCGCACUAA